GGAACAGUGUAUUAAUAAAGCAGUAACUGCUCAGAAAUGCAAUGUCGUGUCGGGAAUCCUUUUAUCGCACGUUCCAUUUCCCAAAUAGGCAAUCUGUUUUGACUCGCAAUGGUUGCUCCGGAUCGAAUCAACGGGACCGGCGGAUCUGGCGCGGCGGCACAAACACGGCCGUCAACGAUUACGCAUGAUGUACUUACUGCACCCUUGCCGAAUCCGUCGCUCCAGGUCACCGCGGAUCAUGGCUUGAAGGCCGUGGAAGCGCCGGUGUAUGCGCCUAGACGAGGGGAGGUGUUGCUGCAGAUCAAGACGACUGGGAUAUGUGGGUGAGACAUUCAUUUCUGGAAGAUGGGCCGUAUUGGCAGUUUGAUUGUUGAGGGAGACUGCAUCUUGGGCCAUGAGGCUGCUGGCGUGGUUUUGAGGUGUGGUGACGGUGUGACUACACUGCGGCCAGGCGACCGUGUGGCUCUGGAACCUGGUGCGCCGUGUGAGAACUGCUUUCUCUGCCAGGAGGGCCGCUAUAAUCUCUGCGAAGCCGUCAAGUUCUCGGGUGUAUACCCCGACCACGGCACGCUGCAGCGAUACAAAGUACAUCCCGCAAAGUGGUGUCAUAAACUCCCUGCUAAUCUGACAUACUCCCAAGGCGCUCUCCUCGAGCCCCUAUCCGUCGUCAUGCACGGCAUAAAAUCUGCCGGCGUCUCGCUCGGCCGUGGCACAGUUGUAUGCGGCGCCGGUCCAAUCGGACUCAUCGCCCUCGCAGCAGCCCGCGCAUCUGGUUCGCAUCCCAUCGUAAUCACAGACCUCGAACCGCGACGCCUUGCGUUCGCAAAGGACUUCGUGCCGACCGUAAUACCGUACCAGAUCAGUAGAGAUCUCGACGCACAAGCAAACGCAAACGAGAUCCGGAAGUUAUUUGGACGAAGCGGCGGGAGUGGUGACGGCGACGAGGACUAUUUCGCGCCACAUACGGUGCUGGAAUGCACGGGUGUGGAGAGUAGUAUCUGUACGGGGAUAUACACUGUGAGGAGAGGCGGGACGGUCAUGGUGAUUGGGGUUGGGAGGCCGAUUAUCAAUAAUGUGCCGUUUAUGCACCUGUCUUUGGCUGAGAUUGAUCUGAAGUUCAUCAACCGCUACCGGGAUACCUGGCCUGCGGGCAUGGCAUGUCUGAGCGGGGGCAUACUGGAUCUGGAUAAGUUGGUCACGCAUGUGUUUCCCUUGGAGCGGGCGAUGGAUGCCAUGCGCUUGUGCUCGGAUGUUAGUCAAGGGAGCAUCAAGGUUCAGAUUGUGGAUGAGGUUGACGGGGCAUUUUGAGUACUUUCUCUUACUCCUGAGUGAGUGUCAAUGUACUGUCACAAUAGGGCAAAUGAUGCGAGGGAUCACCAACGAGUGCUAAGAUAUGUCCAUACU